AAAAAAGUCAUAUUCUCCUCCCAUGCUGACCCCACAGAGAUCAGAGCAUCCUGCUGUUGCUUCUCUGCUGCGCGCUAAGCUUCCUUAAGGCAUGUAUCUGAGACUCCCAUCAUCAUAGUAACGUGUCACCAAUGAUUCUGUGCUCCGACAUCCUGAAGAAGGAGAGAAGAGAAAGUUUUGUAAAAGUUGAACAAGGAUGCACUGGUGCGGACUGAAGAGCAGCGCUAAACCUGCAGUAAACUGAGAAACGAUCAGCCCACAUUCCAGUCACAUUUAGUGUAUUUGUGAAUGGAUUGAAGUGGUGAGGAUUAUCUGCCUGAACUCAUAAAAUGCCAUUACAUGUGACAGUUUUAAUGAAGUUUGGAUGAAGAUGAGGAACAGCGCAUUCAAGAUCUUUUUCAAGAGGGAAACGCACACAGCUUCCUAAACAACUAUUGAACAUUUCAUGUUUUAGCGGUAUUUAGCGGACAGAUACGCAACGGUGCAAAAUGAUAACAGCGCGUAAAAGUGUAUGGGUGCUUUUAACUGUGCUGCUGGCUGCCUUGAUGCAGCGCGCGAUCAGCUUCCCUGUGAGGCAUCACAAGAGACCCAGACACGGCGACUCUACAGGGAACCAAGUCCAGAACGAGCUGGCAGACCCUCGUCCCCACCAACACAGGUGGCUCCAGCAUCACUCAACAGGUGUCCUACCACAGCCUGAGCCCGAGGAAGAAUCAAAACCCUUUGUCCUAGACCUCAAAAACUUUCCAGACCUGGCAAAUGCUGACACUGACUCCCAAAACCCAAACAUUCAGGUGACCAUUGAGGUGUUGGAUGACCCCCCCAUGGAAAUGGACAAGGACCUGGUUAAAGAAUGGAGCAAUGACUGGCCCACAUCUUCUCCCUCCUCCACUGUAGAAUGGCUGGGCGGAAAGAAGCUUUUCUGGCCUUUAUUUUGGGGCUACACAGAUGUAGAUUCGGGCGAGGAUGGUACUGGCCAAGCAGUGGAGGAAGAGGAUGAUUAUGCACUGGAGUAUGACAGUGGGGAGGCCCUUCCUAGUGGACUGGACAAGACAGGUGGCAUUUGGGAAAGCCCAUGGACUCAACGCCAUUAUGACAAAAAAGAGGAAGAAUGGAGCGCAUGGGGUCCCUGUAGUGUCACUUGUGGAAAUGGCAACCAGACCCGCUCACGUUCAUGUGGAGAUUUCUGCAUCUCCACCGAAUCCCGAAGCUGUGACCUUGUGCCAUGCCCAGAUGAUUGGAACAGUGUGGCUCACGUCUUUCCAUUUGAGAUGGAAAAUGGUACAGAACCCUUUGGCACUGAUGUUGACAGCUGUGAGAAGUGGUUGAAUUGUAAGAGUGAGUUUCUCCAACGUUACCUGCAGCAGGUAUUGACUGAUUUACCCAGCUGUCCAUGCACCUAUCCUUCAGAAGCCUCCACCAAUAUAGUCAGUCUGCUGGAUGCAGGACAUGACCAGACCUUCCGAUGGAGGGAUGCUAGCGACCCAAAAGAGCGGCUGGACAUCUACAAGCCCUCGGCACGCUCUUGCUUGCGUUCUGGCCUCUCAACAGAUGGCACCACUCUGGCCGCACAGCAUUGUUGCUAUGAUGACAACAAGCUUCUAAUUACAAGGGGCAAGGGUGCAGGUACUCCCAACCUAAUAAGCACAGAGUUCUCUCCAGAGCUGCAUUUUAAGGUGGAUGUAAUGCCUUGGAUUCUGUGCAAAGGAGACUGGAGUAGGUUUCAUUCUGUCCGCCCACCCAAUAAUGGCCUGCAUUGCACAGAAAACCCCCAACAGGACAUUUUCAUGAAUGAAUUGGAGGAGGCCAGAGAAUAUUAAGUCACCAAAUUACUGUCCCUCCUCUGACACACCAUCCUGCUGUGGUGCUUAACCCAACACAAAAUACCAGCCAGCCGCAUGUGUGCAGUAUAGAGCCAGUCUUAUGUUGUGGGAUGCAUUAUCGUAACUGUGUUCGCAAAGCAUGGCCUCUUGCUUUUCCUGUGUUUGGAAUAUUGUGGAAAAUGUAAGAAAUGUUUAAAAAUGGAUUAUAAUCAAUCUGUUGAUAAUCUCUCUUUUGAUAUGUGAAUCUUGUAACUCUUGUAUUUGUGUAAAUGACCAAUACAGGUCAAUACAGGUUGGUGUUGUUGCUGCUGCAAUCACAUAGAGUGGGAUGCAAAGGUCUGACACCCCAAACUAUAGAUUAUCAGCAUAAUAAAGUUGUACUAAAUCAUGUACAUGAUUUUAUGUACAUGUCUACCUUUCUCUUAAUGGACAGCAGAACUGGAUCUAACAAUUCCACAUUUGUUCAAAACCUAUAAUGAUCAUGUUAUCCAGCAUGAUUUGAGAAUUUUCCAAAGAGCAUCUUAAGUGCU